AGUACGAUUUGAGAUUUUUUGAACGCUUGAUCUUGGAGUCUAUCGAGUAAGAUCCAUGUCUGACAGAUUCGAAUCGGAUAGAUGUUUCAAUCAAACAAGAACGAGCUUCGAGACUUCACUGUUGGGGUUAAGCAACUUUAGGCCCGAAUCGCAUGUAGCUCAACAAAGCCGCCGUGACAAGUUAAGGGUUCAGCAUCAUUCAAACCCAUCGCUCACUGAACCUGAUUUUCCAACCCACUUGGUACAGUUAUCUCCAGAUCUUAUUCAAGUUAGGAAUGUUAGGAGUUGUGAUCCACUUUAUGAUCCAGCAAUGUUUUCUUCCUUGGGAAUGCUAAAUUAUUCGAUGAACAGUCAUGGUUUGUUAGCUCACAGGGAUGCAAUGCUGCAACAAGAAGCAAGUGUAGAUCGAACUGGUAGGUUGGUGGGGACCGAUGAUGCCCCAUUUGUUUCUCAUCCAGUUCAUUCUGAGUUUAACCCUCCAGCUAAGGCUAGUGAAGUGAACAAUGCUGGGUACUGGAAAGGUUUUGGGUCACAACAAAACUGUGAUUGGAUUGUAAAUUAUUCAUUUGUCGGGGGAAUCUUAUCAGGAACCAAAGAGUAUUAA